AUGGGGCGACCAUUCAGCAUCCCCGACCGCGUGAUUGACGUUGAGUUGCCAAAUGAGGAGCCAGUGGACAGCACACCACUCUCGCCCGGUGAUCCCCCUAUCAAGAAAAAUGCAAUGAUUUGCGCCAUCUUACUCUGCAAAUUGCGACGGAUCGAGUCGAGAAUACAACAUUCAAUAUACAGAGCAGACAAACCUUUGGCGUCUCUAACGCCAAAGAUGGCCCGAUUUUAUCAGGACCUUGAGGCCUGGAAGCUGGAAUUGGAGACGAGACUUACUGGGGCAGACGUGCAUUACCCAAUGUUACAUUACCACCGAGCAGUCCGGUUGCUAGUCCAGCCCUUCUUGGCACUCUUACCACCGACGGACCCCUUUUAUACUCUAUGCAUGCGCGCCUCAGGCGACGUCUGCCAAGCUCACAAGCGAUUACACCAAACCCUAGACUACGGCCAUUCGUUUAUCGCAGUGCAAACUGUGUUUGUCUCUGGUAUCACUCUUCUGUACGGCCUCUGGACCCAGUUGCACGCAGUAUGGUCGGUCUCACUGGCCAAUGACAUCCGGGCUUGUUCUCUAGUUUUGUUCGUGAUGGGUGAGCGAGCCCCGUGGGUCAGGAAGUAUAGGGACGCAUUCGAGCUUCUGGUCAAUGCCACCAUGGAGAAGCUGCAGAGCGGUGACGGUCGGCUGGCCGAGACUGCAGCGGCGCAGGUUCACGCAAAUACGAAUCAAGCUUGGGCACCAGCCGAUGACGGUGCGAAGCCUUCCCCGGGUGGUGAUCAGGAAGCAUGGCGGGUUGUCGCAGAACUGGCCAACUGGAUCGACCAAGAAGAAGGCUCGCCAGUGUGGAUGCCCGAUUUUGAGACCUUGCAGAGUCUGGGUCAACUCUAG